AUGGCCCAUCUUUCAUAUAGUGAUGAAGAUAUAACUGAUCUGUCAGAUUUCAAGAAUACCCACAUACCUGCUUUAGCGGAGCUAGAUGUGUUAGAGAGAUGCUAUAUAUGCAAGGAGUUCUUCAACGCACCAGUGAUCACAUCUUGCAAUCAUACAUUUUGUUCACAAUGUAUUCGUGAGUAUCUUAUCACAAAUAAUUUGUGUCCACUAUGCAAGACUGAAGUGUUUGAGAGUAAUUUGAAAAAAGACCUGCUAUUAGAAGAGAUUGUACGGUGCUAUGCCAAAUUACGACCGCGUCUCUUGGAGUAUCUCAAAGUGGAAAAAGAUGAAGAUACCAAUAAUAGCAAUAGCAAGGAAAUUGGCAACGGUAGUAGCAAUGAAAGUAGUACAGUGCUACCUACAGAAAAUUCAGAUGUGAUUGUUACAAAGGAACUUUUUAGAGAAACACGAAGUAGUUACAAGUAUGAAACUAUUGAACCUGAGCGUAAGAAACAGAAAGUUGACGAUAAGAAUCAAGAAAGUAAACUUGAAUUGAAUGAUGGUUUAGUAGAGUGUCCUAUCUGCUCUAGGAGAAUGACAGCUGAGAAACUACAAAGAACGCACAUUGAUGCUUGUCUUAAUAGUGGCGGUCUGCCAUUUAGACUGCCAAGUCCAGAACCAUCUAAGAGGCCAAAAUCAUCGAUAUCAUCAUUUUUCCAAGCUGCAACAGCUGGGGCAACAGCUUCGACCUCGUCGCCCUCUGCAUCGCCUUCUCCAGUGCCAGUUGCACAAUCAAGCUCAUCUUUAUCGAAAUUUGGAGAAAAGGACGCUUCUCAAAAAUAUGGUUUGCGAGACCCUCCGAAGCUUGAGCACUCAAGAAAGCCCAAUAGCAAAGAGCCGAAGCGAUUACAGAAGUUGGACUUUUCAUCGUUAAGUACUGUCAAGUUGAAGGAGAAGCUUUCUCAGUUGCACAUUCCUAUGAGUGGGACUCGAAAUCAGCUUGAGCUCAGAUACAAUCAAUACUUUGUUUUGUACAACUCCAACUUAGACAGCAACCAUCCUGUUUCGGAUAGAGUGUUGCGUCAAAAGCUACAUAAAUGGGAGCUAGCGCAUCUGGGUUUUAGUAAGAAAAGUGGAAGUUCUGGUUUUGGGAAUGGGUCAAUAAGCUCGCGAUCGAUUACUGAAAAGAAUUUUCUGGUAAGCGAAUGGAUGCAAGAGUAUAAGCUGGAAUUUAAAACCUUGGUGAAACAAGCAAGAAAGUCGUUUCGAGAAAGUAAAGCCAAAGUUAGCCAAGCCGAAAAGUUAAACAAUGGUUCGAGCAAGGGCCUUGAAGACGUCGAUGGAACCAUUUUAGUUGUCAAUGAAGAAGAAAAGGAGAAAGAAGAAGAAGAAGAAAAAGAAGAAGAAGAAGUUCCCCAUUCAAAUAAAGUGGAACUGGAAAAAGAGGAGAAUAAUUAUGACAAAGAGAGUAAAAAAGAGUCCUGUCCGUCGCAAGAAGCACAGGAGCCUUUGUCAGAUACAGCAAAUACCUCCUUCACUUUUGGUAGUAGUAUAUUAUUCGACUCUGAGCCAUAA